AUGUGCACGCGUCCAGAAAUUUGCUUUACCAUUGGCAUGGUGAGCCGUUACCAGAGUAACCCAGGGCCAGUUCAUUGGCAGGCAAUAAAGAGGAUACUUCGAUACUUACGUGGCACUGUAGACGUCUUGCUCAUCUUCAGUGGUUUAGACUUGAGACUGAGAGGCUACAGUGAUGCUGAUUGGGCUAAUGAUAGAGACGAGCGCAAGUCCACUUUGGGGUAUGCAUUUGUCCUGGGAGGUGGGGCUGUCACUUGGAGUAGCAAGAAACAGAUCUGCAUCGUCUUGUCCACGAUGGAGUCGGAGUACGUUGCAUGUUCGACAGCUAUACAAGAGGCCGUUUGGCUCAGGAGGUUCUUGUAG